ACUUGACAAUGACAGCCUGACAACUGACAGUGACAGAUCAAAACCAAAACAAUUUUAUACGUAUCAACACCAUUUAUUCGUAUUUCUCUUUGUUUUAUAUCACCAUUUAUAUUAUUCAUACAGAAUAUCAAUUAUAAGCUACAUUGAACGACAAGAAACAAAAUGGACGUGGCGAAAUCUCAGAGGAUUAAAUCGAACGCGCCAGAUGUUGCGAUCUCUGCAGUACUGGGUCCGAGUCAAGAAUUACCCGCAGAAACUCCUACUGUAGCAGGCUACGACUGGGAGAAUGGUACAGAUUAUAACAAAAUACUCGAAAGUUACUCACGGACUGGUUUCCAGGCUACCAGUUUCGGUAAAGCGGUGUCCGAAAUCAAUAACAUGCUCAAAUGUCGUUCUGUACCUUUAACUGAAGAAACUUGCGAUCCUUACGAAGAAGAUAUAUUUAUUAAGAAGAAGACUAAUUGUACCAUUUUCUUAGGUUUCACUUCUAAUAUGAUUUCUUCGGGUUUACGUGAUACUAUACGUUUUCUGGUAAAAAACAAACUCAUUGAUUGUAUUGUAACUACUGCUGGUGGGGUAGAGGAAGAUCUUAUAAAAUGCCUAGCACCAACUUAUAUCGGUGAUUUUAAUUUGAGCGGGAAGAUAUUAAGGUCCAGAGGAAUCAAUAGAAUUGGCAAUCUGUUAGUUCCGAAUGAUAAUUAUUGUUUGUUUGAAGAAUGGGUUACACCAUUGCUUGAUGAAAUGUUAGAAGAACAAGUAAGAGAAAAUGUUGUUUGGUCACCAUCGAGAAUUAUAGCUAGGUUAGGUGAGAAAAUCAAUGAUGAGAAUUCUGUGUGCUACUGGGCUUGGAAGAAUAAUAUACCUAUUUUUAGUCCCGCAUUAACCGAUGGAUCUUUAGGUGAUAUGAUGUAUUUUCACUCUUAUAAACGUCCUGGUCUUAUAAUUGAUAUACUCGGAGACUUACGAAGACUGAAUACAAUGGCUGUGAAAGCUAAUAAUACUGGUAUGAUUAUUUUGGGCGGAGGAGUUAUCAAACAUCACAUUUGUAAUGCUAACUUAAUGAGGAAUGGAGCUGAUUUUUCUGUAUAUGUUAACACAUCUAGCGAAUUUGAUGGCAGUGAUGCAGGUGCCAGGCCGGAUGAAGCAGUCUCGUGGGGGAAAAUACGGGUUAAUGCGACCCCAGUGAAGCUGUAUGCGGAUGCAACAUUGGUGUUCCCGUUACUUGUUGCUCAGACAUUUGCUAAACACCAUUUUAGCAAUAAAAAGAAUGUUUAAUACUUAUUUUUUAUGGCUUUUUGUUACCCACCAUAAUCUUUUUUUUCAUGUUGAAAAGGAUAUAUAAUUCAUGUAUUUUAUGUGUGCAAUAAAAUAGUGCUAUGAGUAUACUCAACAUG